CAAAUCUCACAGAUAAUCUGCAGUUGCGUACCUCGCUUCGAAAGCAAAAUGUACAUGAUACGCGGAAUAUUAUAUUUAUGUGCAAUUUUCUCGAUUACUCAUGGCGCCAAAAUUCUGGGUGUAUUUUCAUUUUGUGCCCAUAGUCAUUUCAUGGUUGGAUUCCGCUUGAUGAAAGAAUUAGCCGAUAGAGGUCAUGAAGUGACUUUGAUCAGUUCAUUUCCUCGAGAGGUACCCAUUGAAAAUCUCAGAGAGAUUUCUGUAGAAGAAAUGAAAAAACCUGUGUCAGAAUAUUUGAAUAAAUUGAGAGAAUUUGGACAACUGAACCACUGGGGCCAACUGCAAUUCAUGCUGGAAAUGGCCAGAAUUUAUACGGAGAUAGUAUUGAAGAACCAAAAUGUUCAGGCUCUUCUGAAUUCCGAUGAAAAGUUCGAUUUAGUGAUCAUGGAACACUUCUGGAAUGAAGCUUUCACAAUAUUUGCUCAUCAUUUCAAGUGCCCAUUGAUUUUCGUUGCUCCGGGACCAACUACAAUUUUCAACAGCCACCUAUUAGCUAAUCCAUCUUUUUCGUCAUACAUGCCCAAUCUCUUAACGGGCUAUGGUUCUAAAAUGAACUUCUGGGAAAGACUGUCGAAUACUUUUCUGGAUUUACUUUCAGCAGCUUUCGUUGAAUUCAGACUACUUCCAGAUCAGAAUGCUGUAUUGAAAGCUACAAUUCCCAAUGCUCCACAGCUGAGAACUAUCUUGUACAAUGCCAGUUUGAUGUUCGUUAUGUCUGAUAUCAGCAUUCAUGAUCCUAUACCUCUUCAACCAAAUAUAAAAAAUAUAGGAGGACACCACGUUGGGCCUUUGAAAGCGUUACCGAAAGACAUCAAAGAGUUCAUGGAUAAUGCCACAGAAGGUGUUGUCGUUUUCUCCUUGGGAUCCAAUUUGAAAAGCAAAGAUCUUGACCCGGAAAAGAAAAGGGCAAUAUUGCGAGUAUUUUCUAAAAUCAAGCAAAAAGUUUUGUGGAAAUUCGAAAGUGAUCUUGACGAAAAACCUAGUAAUCUAAAAAUUUACAGCUGGCUACCUCAACAAGAAGUACUGGCGCAUCCAAAUACUGUGGCUUUCAUUGGCCACGGUGGCCUCUUGGGUACUAUAGAAGCAGUCUAUUUCGGUGUGCCAAUUCUUGGGAUUCCAACAUUUUGGGAUCAAAAUAAAAAUAUUGAAGAAGUUGUGAGGAGAAAUAUGGCCAUCAAACUGAGUUUAGAGGAUCUCACCGAGGAAACGUUUGGGACCGCCUUGCAUCAAAUACUGAAUGAUAAAAAAUACAGACGGAAUGCGAAACUUCGGUCACAAAUCAUGCACGAUCGGCCGAUGCCACCUCUCGAAGAAGCAGUGUUCUGGAUAGAUUAUGUCAUACGGUAUCGUGGAGCUCCUCAUCUCAAAUCAGCUGCUUCAGAACUGGAAUGGUAUCAAAGAUACCUUAUCGAUAUCUUAUCAUUUGUUUCUCUAUGUCUGAUAGCUAUCUUCCUAGUCGUUUCCUUCGUAAUGAAGAAAAUAUUUUCAAACAGCAUGCAUCGUGUUAGCAAUUUGAAGAAAAAUAAAUAAUGUGCUUUUC